AGAUUUAUCGAGGAGAAACGUCAAAACCGGUGGCUCGGCGCAGUGCUUGGUGGUGCGCACGCGAGCAGACUUCUGGACUCUGAGUCAAAAGAGGCUUUAAAGCAAUCACGGUGGCUGGACAUCAUGAAGAUCAAAGAUCCAGGAACGCAGCAGAUACCAAACGGGCUCGUGCUGCACCACGUCACGGAGCUUGAAGCGAAAUAUAUUGCACAAAAACGCAUGAACACGAUCCCGGACAACCUCAAGGCCGCGAUCCGAGAUGUAUGUGUCUGCCCGUGAGCGACGGAAAUCACACGGGUCGGAGACCAAAAUCCCCUUACCCCCUUCAUCCUUCCAUUCGCCACUUUCUCUUUUUUCUUUUUCUCUUCGCUUUCCCUUCUCCGUCAAAUCCAGAGGUGGGAGGGCGGGGGGAAAGUAGCGGGAGAAGGAUAAUGAGAAAAAAAAAGGUCCUUCUUUCCUCUCUCGUCCCUACGCGCACGCACCGCAACCCACGGGAGCAGGAGAAGGAAGGGCCACGGAUCUUUUUCAAAAAAAAAAAAGGAGAAGAUGAAAAGAAAAAGAAAAAAAAAUACGCUGUCGCUGACGGUUGCACGCAGGUCAAGACGAAUCUGUCGCGGCCGCCGACGGUGCACCCGGCCGACCAAGUCGCGGCGGGGACGAUCCCAAAGAAGCGCGUGGUGCGCCUGGUGCAGCGGCUGACGGGCCGCGAGUUCAAGCUGCUGCCGAGCGAGGCGCUCAUGGUCGUCAACCACCGGCCCAUCCUCCGGGAGGAGCUGUCCGGCCUGCUGGAGGAGCUAGAGGACCGCAUGAGCGAGGAGAAGCAGGACCGGCUGCUGGAGCUGGUCAGCAAGGAGCUCGGGCGCGUGCGGGCCGACGACGGAGACGGGGCGAACGGGGCCGACGACGAGGACGACGAGGGCGAGGGCGAGGACGAGGCGGGGUGAGCGG